AUGGCGUCCACACUGUCUCUCGCCAAGACCCUCUUCGUCCCCGCCGUCGUCUCCCUCGUCAUCUUCCUCCUCCUCACCUUUGCCCUCGUGCCCAUCUGGCGCCGCUACCGCAACCGCUAUGCCCAGUACCUGCCCCUUGACUCCAUCUCGGAGCGCACCUCGUCGCUGCGCCAUCGCAUCAUGGGCCGCUUCGCCACCUUCGGCCCCUUGGCCACCUUCAUCGGCGGCAGGAAUGUCGCCUUUGCCCCCAACUCGGUCCUCGACGACGAGGCCGACGGCGAGGAGCUCGACGACGUGGACGAGGAGAUAUGGCGCGCCAUCGAGAGGCACGUCCCGGCGGUCCAGCCCGACAACACGCGGCGGCUGAGUCGCGAUUUAGAAGAAGGGUUCAUGGACGACAGCGACGACGAGCCGGUUCCAGGCCGGCCCUGA